AUUCCGGAAUUCCGUGAUGGAAUCACACCAUCUCUCCUCACCCUCACUUGUUGUCUUGUGUUGCAAAGUUAUACCCUUCCAAAGACGACCGAAUUCCGUUACGGAAUUACAUCGCACACGGAAUCGGUGGGAAUUAGACGGUAUUCCCGGGAAUUCCUAGGAAUUCCUACUGAUUCCGUCUCGGACACAAUUCCGGAAUUCCGUGAUGGAAUCACACCAUCUCUUCUCACCCUCACUUGUUGUCUUGUGUUGCAAAGUUAUACUCUUCCAAAGACGACCGAAUUCCGUGAAAUACGGAAUCGGUGGGAAUUGGACGGAAUUCCUAGCAAUUCCGGAAUCUGUGGGAAUUCGCGGGAAUUCCUAGGAAUUUCUACCGAUUCCGUCUCGGACUCAAUUUCGGAAUUAGUUGGAGGAGUUCCGGAAUUAGUUAAAGAAAUUCCGGAAUUACUUGGAGGAAUUUGGGAAUUAGGUUGGAGGGAUUCUGGAAUUGGUGGAACUGAUUCCGCGGGCGGAACUGGUUCCGGAAUGUGCAACAUUGCGGAAUAGGAUGACUGCUCACAUUUAUAUUCUUUCGUUUACACUUGAACCAUAUUUUGAAUGAUAAUUUCAAUGUGGAACUGUUAUUAUAAGCUUACAAAAAAUCUUGAUUCUUGUAAGUUUUUGAAUAUCUUAUAAAAUAUUUAAUUUUUAUUUCAGACGUAUAGUAAAGUUAAUGCUCUGCAUCCAUAUCUUGAAGAACAUCAUCUUCGAUUUACAAUAAAAAUUUUAAAUGUUCUUUAUACAUAUAAAAAAGAUUAUGAACCAUAUUUUAUUUAUUGGUUAUUACCAUUUCAAUUAUCAUAUCGUGAUGAAAAGAAUAAAGCUGAAGAAAUUUAUGUUAUUGCAAUGCAUCUUGAUUUAUUUGUUCGUCAUUGUUUUCCAAAAUGGACAGAUGUAUUUACAAUUGCAAGUAAAAUAAUGACUGAUCUAUCAACAAUUGAUCCAGAAUUUUAUGAUCAUUUGAAAACAAUAUCAAAAAUACGUACAAAAGUUAAUCCAAAGGAUUUUGUUACAGAAAUUAUUUCAUUAGAAAGUAGACAAAGUGGUAGUGCAACACAAUAUGCAAAAGAAUUAAUGUCUGAUCCAGUCAUUUUUCUUAGAAAAUGGAUUGGUGAAGUAAGUAAAAAGUUAUAUGUCGUUUGA